AUGUCCCGCGAGGAACUCGAGAAAGUAGCCGAUCUCUGUGUCAAGCACAAUCUCAUCAUCCUCUCUGAUGAAGUGUAUGAUCGACUCUUCUACGUCCCUUUCACCCGCAUGGCAACACUCUCCCCCGAGGUGUCCAAGCGAACUCUCACUGUCGGCUCUGCAGGUAAAAACUUCUAUGCCACUGGCUGGCGAGUUGGAUACCUCAUUGGCGAAGAGCACCUUAUCAAGUAUGUCUCUGCCGCACAUACCAGAAUCUGCUACAGUAGUGUUGCUCCUCUACAGCUGGCAACUGCCGUUGGAUUCGAGAAGGCAGACGAGAUGGGAUUUUGGGAUGAAAGCCGAAAGGAGAUGCGUGGCAAAGUCGAGCGGUUCUGUGAGAUAUUUGACGAGCUUGGAAUUCCCUACUCCGACCCAGAGGGUGGCUACUUCGUCCUGGCUAACAUGGCCAGCGUCAAGAUGCCAGAGGACUACCCGUUCCCUCCUCACGUUGCCUGCCGGCCGCGCGAUUUCAAACUGUCCUGGUUCUUGAUCAAGGAGGUUGGCGUCGCCGCCGUCCCGCCCACUGAGUUCUACACUGACGCCAACGCCCACAUUGCCGAGGACUACCUCCGAUUCGCUGUCUGCAAGCCCGACCAAGUUCUGGAAACGGCCAAGGAGCGGCUCCGCGGCCUCAAGAAGUAUAUCCAGUAG